ACAGGGCUUGCGUAGCUUUGUGAUAGUAAGUACUAAUGGAAAACCUCUUGAAAUCUGCACCUCAUGUACAUUGAAAUUUGCUACGUGGAUGUAACGUGAUAUUGGAAUGGUGAUAUUCAGUAACGUAAUAUACAACGUUUCUCUCAAACAAACAAAAAACGCUUUACCCACCCCUGUUUCGAUGAGGUCUUUUCAAUUAACAUGAAACUAGCAACCCUGACUCACAGUCACAGCAGAUGAAAAGAGAAAGCACGAUUUUGCAGAAAUUGGAAGCAGCAGCUAGUAAUACAAGACAGCCAGCUCCUCCGGAAUCCUAUUGUCCUUAGGAAACAACCAGGAAUAGCGCACUUCCGGCGGUUAUCCGUUCGUUUGUAUGGAUUUACUGUUCAGUGUUUCGUGUGGACAGCGAAUUUAAAAAUCCGUCCUCCUGGUUUACUGACCAAGAUAAAAGGGAAAGCAUAGUCAGCAUAGUGCAUAGUGCAGCAGUGCCCAGCUCGAAUGCCAUCAAAGUUUGCUGCUCGACAAAGAUUAUUUCCGUGAUUGGUUGAGUUUGAUAUCUACUUUUUGGACCCGAAAAAAUUCAUCGCCAAAAUUCGAAUUCACAGCAAGAAACUAAGUGCGUUGAUUUACAACAGCCAGUGAAUCGAAGAUCCAUUUUCCCGGAAGCAAUUGUGGCUGACGACACGGCGGCCGCCGACGUAAACCAACAGCCGGAAGCUGGAGAAGACGAGCGACAGUUGCAACAGACGGAUGAAAACAAGAAAGCUACUAGUGCAAGCAGCCCAACUUUAAGCGAUAACCAGGAAGAUCGGGAAAAAGCGGAAGACAGUACGUCUAAUCAAAAACAAACAAAACAAGAAUCGCAUCUACCACAAAGGCAUAAGCCACAAAGUGAGGCACAGGCAAUGCCAUCGGCAGUCAGCGGUGGCGGCGGUGGCAAUCAUACAGGUGGUGGAGGCGGCGGAGGUGGUGGCAAUGGGAAUAACAUGAGUACACAGUCGAACGAAGAGUGUGGCAUACGAGACGUUUGGCGGCAUAACUUGGACGAGGAAUUUCGCACGAUCCGACAUAUCGUGCAGAAAUAUCACUAUGUUGCAAUGGACACUGAGUUUCCCGGGGUAGUAGCUCGACCGGUUGGAGAAUUUCGCUCAUCGGCUGACUAUCAGUACCAGUUUCUACGCUGCAAUGUUGAUCUGCUGCGUAUCAUUCAACUGGGAUUGACCUUUAUGGACGAAGAGGGGCGUACUCCGACAGGUUUCUCUACUUGGCAGUUCAAUUUCAAAUUUAAUUUGAAUGAAGACAUGUACGCUCAGGAUUCAAUCGAUCUUUUGCAAAACUCUGGCAUUCAGUUCAAGAAGCACGAGGAGGACGGUAUCGAUCCGCUGGACUUUGCCGAACUGCUAAUGACUUCCGGUAUCGUGCUGAUGGAUAACAUCAAGUGGCUCAGCUUCCACUCAGGGUACGAUUUUGGUUAUUUGUUGAAGCUGCUAACGGAUCAGAAUUUACCAGCUGAGGAAAGCGACUUUUUCGAGCUGCUGCGAAUCUAUUUUCCAACAAUCUACGACGUGAAGUAUUUAAUGAAGAGCUGCAAGAGCCUGAAGGGCGGCUUGCAAGAGGUUGCCGAUCAACUGGAGCUGCGUCGUAUCGGACCACAACAUCAGGCCGGAUCGGACUCGCUACUAACCGGGAUGGCAUUCUUCAAGAUGCGCGAGAUGUUUUUCGAAGAUAAUAUUGAUAACGCCAAAUACUGUGGCCAUCUGUACGGAUUGGGCACGUCGUUCAUCGUAAAUGGCAGCAGCAAUACAAUCAACAGUAGUGUGAAUAAUACCACCAGCACUACCCUUGGUACUAGCACAACAACCAAUAGUGGUUCGAACGUGGGUACAACAGGAAGCGGAAACGCCGCUGGUACUGGCACCAACAACAGCAAUGUUAACACUGCUAGUAAUAACAGUAACAAUAACUCGAACAACAACAACACGAAUAGCAGUAGUGCAGCAAACUACCACGACAAUGGCGAAACCAACACGACUUCAUGAUUUCGUUUGUUGAUACGCUAGAAAAAUAGCGGCGAAAUAUAAAGGACACUAAUAGUAACCUUACAAGCAGUCACAUACACAACUAAUUACUGCGGAUAUAGACAAACUUUGGAACGCUAAAAAUCUUACAAACAAGUACUUUUCUCUACAAAAAAUAUUUAUUACAGCUUUAUUACUAUCUAUACCCAAAGUAUGUAACUAGAGGGCGACAGCAAAAGAUCACUUCAAGUCAUCUGAGGCAGAGAAAGCAACGAGGGCAACAUUUAACUAAUUUUAAGAUAAGUAAAAGAAUAAACAUUUUAAACAUACAUUUUCAUCCGAGACUCACGGAGUCUCUGUGACACACAUUAGGACGAAAUUGAUUGUUUUUAUUCUUUUUGACGAUAAUAAUGUAAAAAUCAGCACUCCCUCAAGUUUUCAUUUCUUUGUGCUUCAGUAAAACGAAUGACAAAUAGAACGAAUAAACUCGAUUAGUUCUACACUUAUAGGAAGGUCAAACCAAUCUGUUCAAUCAUAGGUCUAAUAAAUCUCAACUAAAAGUGAAAAAAUUCGAUCAAACGACAAACGUGGAACAGAGCAAGAAAGGAUAUUCUAUCUACACAAACCAUCCUUCUGUAACCAAACGAAACAUGAUUUAGCUUAGUUUGAAACAGAUUAAAAGCAACAGUAGGCGAGUUAAGCUGAGCACUUUGUAAACUAUUAUAGAAUAUAAACAACAUUACUGACCGCUCUUAGCGAAAUUCUUUGGCACACGAUAAUAAACUUGAAAAAAGAAGCGUAAAAACCAUAAGAGUCAAUAAGCAUUUAAAGUGAGCGAAGAAACUCGCCAGAACGCAGUAGGUAAAGAAUAACGUGCUGAAUCAUUUUGCACUGUCAAAACAUUGAUAGGUAACUGAAACAAUAGUAAAAAUUGAUAAAACUAAUUCUUUGAUUGAAUGAUACCUACAGAACAACACUAUUGGUAACAGCAACUAUAUAUUCAAAUAAAAUGUUUUAUUGAUUUAAAAACUUGAAA